UACGGGCGUAUCCGGCGGCGCGAGCGGGCCGCUUUUCCCCCAGUUUUGCGAUGUCGUGCGCUCGCGGCGGAUCGUCGCAGCAACGAGUGCGGAACGACACCUCGACCCUCACGUGCUGUUUGCCUCAACGCAUCGUUCGACAACGCGGAAGCGGCCAAGCCGUUGCCAAGCCGUGAAUCGUGCUUUUUGUUGCGCUUUUCAAAGCAUUUCCGCAACGUUCAUCGCUUGCCACCUGGAAAGAGUGCGCGUCUUCGUUCGGCGUUCCGUGGACUGCCUCGCGAGCGAACAAACCAAGUGGUUGUCACCGAUUCUAACACGUGGAUUCGCCGAGUUUACACGGAUCGUGUGUGGAGAACACGACGACAUUUCAGCGGACAGUGUGUCUGAUAUUGCGCCCCUCCACCGCGACACUUGUAUGCCGCCUGGUUUGUUCUCGGCCUUCCUUUUAGCUUUGGACUUUACUGCACAAGGCCAGCCAUUCGAAACAAACGCUGUGGGCCAACGUAUCCGGUAACGAACCCAGCUCCUUUCGCCGGCGAAAUUCGAUUUUAGAGUGGAAACUAUUGUGUUCAAGUGCUGCCUCUAUAUACGUUCAACUUCCAUUGAAACCACAACUGUCCCGUGCCACGUCGCUUGAGGACGAAAGUUCUCGAGUUCGCGUUGUCGUUGGAGUGCGGGGUGCCUCGCUAUAACGGAGUGUUCGUGUGUCGUCUUCGUGCUUCUACACGGCUGCGAAAGCUGCCCAAUUUAGGAACGUCUCGCUUCAACUUCGCCUCAACGUUAAGCUGCACUUGAGCGCCUCAGCUCAGGCAUCUUCUACCUCAUCACUGCUAGGAAUACUUUUGUGGUAUUCGGCCUCUGCACGCUUGGUUAUUGAUUCGACGUAGUUGUCAUCGCGCUCUACCGGUGAAAACGGCGGCAAAACAUUCUUCUUUCCUCUGCUGAAGGCGAACGCAGUCGAGGAUCCGGACAGCGAUAAAGAAGGUUUAUCAAUGCAAACUACAACACGGGAAAAAGUGAAAGGCGAAAGUGGCGACAAGUUUGAUUUCCACGACAGGCCGUGCAAUUCAACGUAAGCCACUUCGUUAGCACCGAAAACGAAAGACAAGGUAGGCUACUUGCACGAGUGCGCUUAGUGACAGAAAAAAAUUUUUUUUUUUUUGCGGAAGCCAGUCGAAAUCAACGAGGUGUCAAUUUGGCUGGGAACUUUAAGGUCAACAAACGGGUGUGUGCAGUUGGUUUCACCAGGUGAGAACGCCAUCAUGCGAGGCUUGACAGAGUGCCGGAAGACAGCAUAGCCCAGUAGCAAAAGGCCGAACCACAAGAAAAGGGCCUGCUUCGAGAAAAAGAAACAAGGAAGAACAAGUUCUUCAAGCGGCGCCUCGGCGCAAACAGCAGACAUCGCUUUCGGCGCGGGCCGACUUCGUUCCGACCACUCAAAAGGACAGCCUGACUUGCGCCAUGGGCGAGCCGAUGUCGGUCGUUUGGCGGGUGCUUUCGCGACGCAAGACUCCUAUGAGUCCCGAGGGACGCGAGCACAGCAGCGGCCGGACCGGUAGCCCCCUCACGGUCGUCGACGUCACGUGCCUAGGCGUGGCUGUGAGUCUGGGCACCGGCGUCUACGUGCUCCUUCCUCGUGUGGCUCGCGAGGAGGCGGGUCCCGCCGUCGUCUUGUCCUUCCUGGUGGCGGCCGUCGCAUCCUGCCUCGCCGGUCUGUGCUACUCGGAGCUGUCUACGCGGUUCCCGAAGGCCGGCUCGGCGUACGUGUACGUGUACGCGACCGCGGGCGAACUGCUGGCCUUCCUGGUUGGCUGGGCGCUGGUGCUGGAGUACGCGCUCGCCGCGUGCCUGUCGGCAAAGGCCCUCAGCCGUCACCUGGCGGCCCUCUCGUUCAGCGCCAUCAGGGCGUACCGCAACGGUUCGGGCCCCGUCGUGGAGUCGUCGUCCGGCUCGCCACCCGGCUGGUCGCAGCGGCUUCUGUUCGAGCACUCGCUGGCCAACUACCACGUGCCCGGGUUCGACCCAUGUCCCGACAUCGUCGCAGCCGCGGUGCCCGUGCUGCUCACGGCGGCGCUCGUUGCCAAGCCCAAGGUGUUCAUAGUGUUCCUGAACACGGCGACCAUCGUCAACGUCUUCGUUUUGGUCGCCCUCAUGCUGACCGGCUUCUUCAAGAUGAACGCCGACAACUGGACAGCCGGUGCGGGUUUCUUUCCCAACGGCAUCGUCGGGGUCUUCAACGGCGCGGCCACGUGCACGUUCGCCUUCGUCGGCUACGACCUGGUGGCGCAGACGGCCACCGAGACGGCGCACCGGUUCCGCGUGGUACCUUCGGCCGUCAGCCUGGUCUUCCUGCUCAGCCUGCUGGGCUGCUUCAGCAGCUCGGUGGCUGUGACGCUCCUGUCGCCGCAUUCUCAGCUGGCUGGGUCGGCGCCGCUCCUCCAGGCCCCGUUCAUCCGGGGCCUACCGGGCCUGCUCUGGGUGCUCGGCAUCGGCUCGCUGUGCGGUCUCGCCUCGGCCACCGCCGCGUCGCUGCGAGGUCUGGCCACGCUCCUCGCCUCCCUCUCGGCCGACGGACUCCUGUGCGGACUCACCGAGGGCACGAAGCGGGCAGCCGUCACCGGCGGCUUCCUCGUCUCGGCGGCCGCCAUGUUCGUGCACCCGGACACGCUGAUGGGCAUCCUGGGUCUGGGCACCGUGCUCUCGCUCCUGACCACGGCGGCGUCCGUGCUGGCGCUCCGCUACGGCCUCAUCGACCACUUGCCCCUCGAGCUGGGCGACCUGAGCAGGGACUCGAGCGCGACCCUGACUCGGGGCGGAUGCCUGGUCGACGGCAUCGCGGACGGUGACCCCGCGAGGUCUUCGACGGUGGCCGUCGGCAACGGCGGCGGCUACGGCUCCUUCCAGAGGAGGACGUGGUCCGUCGAACUGGUCAACCAGGGCUACGUGACCUCGCUAUCGGGCGUCGGCGGCGGCUCCUCCUCCAAAGUGUCCUCGUCGCUGUCGCCGUGCGGCGUGUCGGGCGUGCCUUCCCGCUGCUCGGCGCAGCGGACCGCGGUGCUGGUGUGCGCGAUGGUGGCGCUCAUGUUCCUCAUGGGAGUGCUCACGGUGCACGCGCCGCGCGUUGUGGGCGCCGGCGCGGCGCGCUGGUGGCUCGAGGCGCUGGCGACGGCCGCGCUGGCCGCGGUGCUGGCGCUGGCGCUCGUCGCCCUGCGGCAGCCCCGGCACGGCGCCCCGUCGGCGGGCCGCAACGCGGUGCCCUGCGUGCCUCUGCUGCCCCUGUGCGCGCUGUGGAUGGACGUGCACCUGUGCGUGUGCCUGCCCUACACCGCCUGGCUCGCCUUCCUCGUCUGGCAGCUGCUCGGUGUGGUGGUGUACAUGGCCUACGGCGUGUGGCACAGCUCGGAGCGGCAGAGCGACGACCCCGAGUGCUCGCUAUUGGAGAACGUGAUGUGCGACGACGUCUCCUCGGACGACGUGCUGCCCCUGGCCGAGCAGAGACGAGAGGUGCUCGUUGAGACCUUCUGA